UUUGCCUUACUGAAUUUACAUUUAUAGAGAUGAUGACGACAUCAACGACGUGGCCUCCAUGGCCGGAGUGAACCUAUCAGAGGAAAGUGCUAAUAUCCUAGCAACCAAUUCUGGACUAGUGGGAGCGGUGACACAUUCCUGUAAGGACGAGGCUUUUCUCUCCUGUGCCAUGCUACAGAGGAGAAUGCUGGAGAUCGGUAGGAAGUAUGGCGUGACAGACCUGGGCGCGGAGGUGGUGACCUAUGUCUCCCACGCUACUCAGCAGCGGCUCCAGAACCUACUGGAAAAAGUUUCCCAAGUUGCUCAGCAGAAAAAUGUCAAUUUCAAGGAGGAUGACAAUUAUGAGCAGAGCAGUGAUGUUCGUGCUCAGCUCAAGUUCUUUGAGCAGCUGGACCAGUUAGAGAAACAAAGGAAGGAGGAGCAGGAGAGAGAGAUCCUCCUAAAGGCAGCUAAGUCUCGAGCUCGGCAAGAGGACCCGGAGCAGCUGCGUCUGAAACAGAAGGCAAAAGAGAUGCAGCAGCAGGAGCUGGCUCAGAUGAGACAGAGGGAGGCUAACCUGACGGCCUUGGCAGCUAUUGGUCCGAGGAAGAAGAGGAAGAUUCUGGACUCUCCAUCCUCGUCUGCUGCAGCUGAGGGAUCAGGAACAGGUCCCUCUCUGUCUGGUGGUGCUGGUUCGUCAGGCUCCAGGCUCACACGGCAGCGCGUCACACGUGUCAAUCUCAGGGACCUGCUCUUCUGCUUGGAGAACGAGAGAUUUACCAGUCGCUCCCAUUUCCUCUACAAGGGCUUUCUCAAAUAGGCUUGAUGUCAGAGAGGAGAGGAGGGGAGUGAAGUGCGUGGAGAGGCCAACCGCUCCCACCAUAGAGAGAGCAUAAGAGACUCUUAUGAAUGAAGAGGAGGAGCUCAGCGACUUGGCACAUUUCAAGGUCUUUCAUAUGCACAUGAUAACCUGAAAUGCAGUGGUAGCCAUAUCGGAUGGCCUCUCCACCUCUCUCCUCUAAUGCCUGUUUUCUUAUAGAGCAGUCAUGGACUAAUUUUCCCUGAACUUCUUUUUCAAGAACGUGCAAAAAUGAAUGACAUGUUUUAUGAGGAAUGGUUUUUGUAUGAACAAAUGAGUUAUUGUACAAUUAUGCACUGUCCACAGUAGUUUAUUGUCUGAUUAUAUGUGUGUGCGUUAGACUUUAAAGAAAUGGAAAUCACCACAUUUGUUUUACACCAACUAAUUUUAUUGAAUAAUGAUUUUUUUGUUUUGUCAACUGAAUUAGUUUGAACUCCAAACUGUGUAACCUACUGAGUUGCCUUCCUAACGAUGAAUAAGCCAUAUAGCUACCCCAAAGCAAUUAACCCUUCUGUAACUCAUGAUGCAGUAGCUCGCUCUGUAUCUGUCAUCUCCAUUACUUUAUUUGACUUUCCCCCCCAGCAUAUUUAUUUACUAAACUCAAGCUUAAAUUAAUGUUUAGUUAUUUAUUUAAUGUGACACCUCAGUUGUUUCUUAAAUUCAAAACAAAAUUUACAUUCAUAGGCUACUUUUUAAAAUCAGUUUUGGCAUUUUUUGGGGGGGUAUAGUUUUCAGUGUGUGAAGAGAGGUGUUUGUUUUUUUAUCUGAUAAAAAAUUUGUUUGACAUGUAUUGGUUUCUAAAACUUAAACAGAAGGCUUUUAACCUGUAUUGCUCUACCAAACAUACAUCUACCGGAAACUGAUUUCUAUUUUUGUAGCUGCCACCAACACACAUAUUUUUACUCUUUUAAUAGUUACUGACAGUGUCCUCCAACUUAAGAAACUGGAGUUUCUUCCUGUAUAUUUGUACAUGUUACACCUAAAGUUUUACACGCAGUUUUGUAUAGAAUUGAGAAUUUACCCAUACUACAUAAAGAAACAUUUUCUCUAUUGAAAAGUUGGAAUAAAUGAUUUUACAGUAA